AUGCUAUCGACUACGCGGCGGUGGUUCCGUCGCAACCGCACCCCGAUAGCCAUUGGCGUCGGUAUCGUUGGUGCCGGAUACCUAGCCACCCAAUAUGUGUUGAAUAAGAUCAAUGAUGCGCGCGAGCGCAUGAGCAGCGAUCGCAUUGCGAAAGAGAACCUACGUCGUCGAUUUGAACAAAAUCAAGAGGAUUGCACAUACACCAUCCUGGCAUUGCUCCCAUCAGCUACCACCAACGUCCUCGAAGCGAUGAACACUGAGAACAUUACACUAGAGAUUCAGCAGAUGAAGGGUGCUACAAAAAAUGUGCGCAGUGGCGAUUCGUCAGUUGUAGCGCCGAGCAUUGCAGACACCACCAUGACAGAAGAAGAAGGCAAAAGCGUAGUGAGUCUACAGAGUGAGAGUGGCGUUCACGCAAGCCAAGCAACUCUACCUUCUGUUUCUAGCGCAGGGGAUGCUACACAAGACAGUGGCCAAGCUCUACAAAAGCCUCGGAAGACUAAGAGGCAGCUCUGGGAUGAUUUAACGAUAAGCUCAAUAACACGAGCUUUUACGCUUAUAUAUACAGUAGCGCUUUUGACGAUGCUCACCAGAAUCCAACUGAACCUGCUCGGUCGGAGAAGCUACCUGUCUAGUGUUAUUUCACUAGCAACGGGUGCACCACAAUCCACGAUAAAUCUUGAGAACAAUGAUGAUGAUAACUCCGAGCAGACAUAUGGUAGCGACUUUGAAACAAAUCGGAAAUAUUUAACCUUCAGCUGGUGGUUAUUGAAUCGGGGCUGGACUGACGUUAUGGAGAAAGUCGAGACCGCCGUUCGUGAGGUCUUUGGGCAUCUUAGUCCACGUGACCUUUUGAGCUUUGAUACUUUUUCUCAACUAUCGCUCGAAGUGCGCAAGAAAGUCGAGACGAAGUCAGACACUGAACGACCCGGCGCACAGUGGUUACCGUUCCUCCUCCCCCCGACGCCGCUAGAGGAUUUUGUCUUGAAGGAGUCUGGUGUUUUAGGUGACAGUGCUACGGCCACUGCAAAUCAAUCCGGUAGCUCGUCAACUUUAUCAUCUGUAUCAACCAUAACACCGGCCCUUCGCCGCCUUCUGGACGAGACAUCUGAUCUUGUCGAAUCCCCAGCCUUCUGUCACGUGCUAACUCUCCUCCUCGAUGCUGGUUUCUCUGUCCUGCUGAACAAGAAAUUACUACCUGGUGCGUUUGGCUCAGACGUUCCAUCUACAAGCUCUACAGCCGAGCCUUCAGCAGAGGCUGUUGCAGACCCCGCGAGCCGCGCGGUCUUACUCCCUAAGAUCCUUUCCGUGCUAACGCGACAAGCACACGCCAUCGGAAACGGUAUGCCAAACGAGUAUUUACAGGAGAUGGAAUAUGUUCAAGAACUUGGCGCCUUUGCUGCCGUUGUGUAUUCAAGCAACUGGGAAAAUGAGAUCCACCAAGACGAAGAACUUGCCGCUGCCGCAGCUGGACUCAGCGACGCCGCUGCUGCUGCUACGUAUGGAGAUGGAGCCGUAUCUCAGCAAGAGCAUGAGCACAGCAACAGGGUAAGGCCAUCCCAGACUACGACAGUGGACGAGAGUGUUGUUAUGGUAGAUCCCUCACAAAGUUCCUUCGAGAGCGCGUGGGAGAAGGCGUUAGGAUCUUCCCAGACGGCGUCACAGUCACAACCCCAGCCAUAG